AUGCUAGUCGUGUACGUCGAUGACUUUAAGAUGGCAGGUCCCACCAAGAACCUGGCCCUAAGGAGGGAGGACUUCUGGGAAGUAGACUUAGAAGCUGGUGCAGUGGUUAGACAUCAUGUGUACCCAAGAAAGAAGCUGUACGUUCCAACUGAAGACGACGUGUUAGCUUUUCCCAUGAUGGGGACCAGUCGUGUCACCGAGUUUGAUUCGAAAGAAGAGUUACAUGUUGACGACUUUAACCAGGGGGGUGAAGCUAAGUUUGAUUGGUGGACCGGCAGAACCUAUUUCCCACUGGAUCGUGAAACUCCAGUGGAAGACUUCACUUAUGCUCUUGCAUCAUACAAGAAGAAGAAUCCACGUAGCAAGACAGAAGCUAAGAACAAAGUCAAAGAA